CAGUGACGUCACGUCCUGGUGACGUGUCCAUUUGUUUACAGGACGGGAGCUCCUGCACUCGAGGUGUCACAGACAUGGCUGUGGAUAUAACAUUACUUUUUAAAGCCAGUGUUAAGACAGUCAAAACCAGAAACAAAGCGAUGGGAAUAGGGUUCGAUUCUACCAAAGACGAGAUUUUCAAGCGGAGCAGACCCAAAAGUGGCUUCUCUCCGAAGGCAAAAGAAGUGAUCAUUAACAUCAGCAAGCUCAAAGACUUCUUGCUGCAACACAGGAAGGAUUAUGUGAGUGCGGGAAGUCUAAUCUCAUCAGACCUCACCCGCAUGACAGAUAGCGAACGGGAUCAGAUUGACCAGGAUGCCCAAAUUUUCAUGAGGACAUGCGCUGAGGCCAUCAAACAGUUACGCCCUGAAGCUGAGAAGCAUGUGACAUCAGCCCAGACUAAAGAACACAGGGGCGCGGUUUUGGAUCUCAUUGAAAUGUAUUUGAAAGGAGUAUGUAAGCUGUACUCAGAGCAGAGGGCCAUAAGAGUCAAGAGAAUGGUGGACAAAAAGAGGCUGUCACGACUAGGAUCUGAUCAGCACAGUCGUGUGGAGAAAAUGAUCGACGAAGAGCCCAAGGAGGAAAAGACUGUCAAGGAAGAAAGCUUUGAAAAGAGUGCAACAGAGAUGUUGGACCAAAGUGUCAACCUGUGGGAGGACGCCAAAGUGGAGGAUGAGCUCUCUCCUGAGGAGAUUCAAAUGUUUGAGCAGGAAAAUCAAAGGCUGGUCAGUGAAAUGAGCAAUCUGGUGGAUGAAGUCAGGCAAAUUGAGGGCAAGGUGGUGGAAAUUUCAAGAUUGCAGGAAAUCUUCUCAGAGAAAGUCCUGCAACAAGAGACCGAAAUCGAUAACAUUAAUCAGUUAGUGGUGGGCGCUACAGAGAAUGUUAAAGAAGGUAACGAAGAUAUACGCGAGGCGAUCAAAAACAACGCCGGUUUCCGCGUGUGGAUCCUCUUCUUCCUAGUGAUGUGCUCCUUCUCGCUGCUCUUCCUGGACUGGUAUGACAGCUAACAGCCCAGCGCGGCAUGGUGGGAGGCUCGCUCACACGAUGAUAUGAAGACAAUGCCGGACUGAGUUUGUUGAUUUAUCGUAUUGGACUUUAACGACACCAGACUUUAAACAGAUUCUUUGGCCUACUCUUUACCAGAGUUAUUUAUUAUCAGCUUAACCCACAAGGUAAAGGCAGCUUCUGUGGAUUGAAACACGCUUUGAACGAGCACUAUGUCCACUUUUUGGAUAGCGUGAUAGUCUCAAGAAGCAAGUGAUUGAUCAAAGGAAAACAUCAAUAGAUGAAAAACAGAUGUACGUGUGUUCCGUUGGUCCGCCUUUUUAAACAACCUUAAUACACUUGGAGGUUCCCCAUGGACAUUAAUCGCACUGGCUUUGCUGUCUUAUGUUGUAAGAAUCAAGUAUCACAAAUCCAACUUUACUGUAAGAAUGUUUUGCCUUCAUCAGCAGAACGUGUGAUUAUUAAAGAAGAUCACAUCUCGCGUGUUCUACCAUCUUUCUUCACUUCAGGCUGUAAUUU